UGAAUAUCAGUGUCCAUUUAAUGUUAAACCAUGAUCCCAAAGACUGCAGUCAGACCUUGUGAUGUUACACUAACCCAAAAAUGAAAUGGAAUGUUACUGACCACCAUGUCCACCGAAUCAUCUCUUAAUGCUGCUCACUUUGAGCGCAGCUUGUCUGCAUCAGCUGUUGACCAUACAACAAAUAAAUUCUUGUCUGAAGACUGCAAAAAAGACCAAAAUGGGAACGAGCAAGAAACUCCCAAAGAGUGUCUCUUGGAUCAAACUGCAAAUGGACAUGGAGAAAAGUUGGAGGAAAUUAGCUGUCGUUUCAGAAAUGGCCAUGCUGAAGAUGGUGCUGAUUUAUCUGAUAAAAUUGCAGCAUUAAAAGUGGAAAGCAAUGGACUUAGUACUGUGUCAGAGGAAGAGAAAAAGGAGAAAGUGAAAGGUGAAGUGUUGGGAAAACCCCCUCUGCCUAAAAAUAAAACAAACUCCAAUGCUGGAAAACAAUCUUGGUUACUGCGAUUGUUUGAGUCCAAAAUGUUUGAUAUGUCCAUAGCCAUCUCAUAUCUGUUUAACUCAAAGGAACCAGGUGUUCAAACAUACUUAGGAAAUAGGUUGUUCAGUUUCCCUGAAGAUGAGGUGGACUUUUACUUGCCCCAGCUGCUAAAUAUGUACAUUCACAUGCAUGAUGUAGCCGAGGCCAUUCACCCUUACAUCGUUUAUAGGUGUCGCCAGAGUGUAGAAUUUUCUCUUCAUACUGCCUGGAUUCUUAGUGCCUAUUCUGCAGAUGUAUUAAAGCCAAACUGGAAAAACUCACAAGGAAUCAAAUUGAAGAAUAUGAUUCUAAAUGAAGAAUUAAGACCAAAAGUGGAUAAGAAAGUUGGUAAUCUGCCAAGUCCCACCAUGCCAUCUGCCCUCCACCCAUUUACUGCCACCACACCAUCAAAGAAAACGCAUAGCAGAUCCAAGUCAGAUGCAACAGGUAUUUACUCAAAACUGACCCACAGUCAGACUACAGGGAACCUCCAAAAGUCUAGUACAGGAGAUUUGUCCUCAGGACGAGCUUUUGAUAGCGGCUGUAUUUGUGUGCAGUCCUCAGAGGGCAUUGUCAAUGAUCUCACAGGAAAGGAAACAGUCUGCCAUUGUGGUGCUCCUAGGUUAAAGCCUGAGUUAGAAUUUGUCAAUGCACUAAUGAAUAUUGGAACUCGGCUGCAACACCUGCCCACUAAAGAACUCAGAACGUCGAGAUUAAUAGCAGAACUAGCUAUGUUGAAUCUGAAUUUGCCUGCCAGAGUCUGGCUCCCUUUUAACACAAGCAACCACCAUCAUAUUGUGAGAAUUCCUCAUACACAAGCCAUUGUCCUUAAUUCUAAAGAAAAGGCACCAUAUUUACUCUAUGUGGAGGUUUUGGAGGUAGAGAAUGUCUAUUCUAGUCACAUACCUGGUAAACGACUGGAGAACACGCUACGUUUUACCAAGUCCGAGGAGGACCUCACCACUUGUUACAGCAGAAAUAAUGGAUCCCCCCACCCCGAGUUCAGCAUUUAUGGAGGGUCUGAGUUUGAUGACGCUGAAUGCUGGUCACAAGAAGAUGAUGAAAUAUUACAGUUUGCUGUAAAGACGAGAUCAGUAGAUACGUUAUCGCAGUUUUCUGUGGAGAGUACCACUAGUGCUGAUAGCAAGGACCCGGUUUACAUCGCAGCAGGAGACAUUAGGAAAAGACUAUCAGAGCAUUUCACAGCCCCGAAAAGCAAAUUUGAGCGUGACCCAGAAGAUCCCUCGGCAGCUGCCCUUAAAGAGCCUUGGGAGGAAAAAGUAAAGAGGAUUCGGGAGUCCUCCCCAUAUGGACAAUUACCGAACUGGAAGCUGUUAUCCGUCAUCAUUAAAUGUGGGGAUGACCUCAGACAGGAACUACUGGUGUAUCAAGUCCUUAAGGUUCUAAAGAACAUUUGGGAUCUAGAACAUGUGCCAUUAUGGAUAGAGCCAUACCACAUCCUAGUCAUAUCCAACAUGAGUGGAAUGAUCCAACCGGUGGAUAACACAGUCUCCAUCCACCAGAUCAAGAAACACAGCAAGAAGUCACUCAAGGAGUACUUCAUUCAGGAAUUUGGAGCCGUGAACAGUGAAGGGUUUUUGACAGCCCAGAGGAAUUUUGUACAGAGCUGUGCUGGUUAUUGUCUGGUUUGUUACCUGAUGCAGGUCAAAGACAGGCACAAUGGGAACAUUCUCCUAGAUAAUGAUGGACAUAUUAUUCACAUUGACUUUGGAUUCAUCUUGUCAACAUCACCAGGCAAAAAUCUAGGAUUUGAAAACUCACCGUUUAAACUCACACAUGAGUUUGCAGAGGUUAUGGGAGGACUGGAGAGCGAUAUGUUUGAAUAUUUUAAGAUUUUAAUUUUACAAGGAUUGGUAGCAUCAAGGAAGCACAUGGACAAAAUCAUCCCCAUAGUGGAAAUAAUGCAAACAGGUUCAGGACUGCCAUGUUUUGGGAAUGGUGUAAAUACAAUACGCCAGUUGAAGGAACGAUUUCAUCUAAAUCUGACCGAAGAACAGUUACAGCUGUAUGUGGACCAACUCGUUGAGUCAAGUCUGAACUCGCUAACCACAUCUCUAUAUGACAAAUUCCAGUACUUCACUAACGGCAUUCUGUGAGUUUAAAGAGACAGAAGAUUGUAGGAAAACUGAAGAAAUGUGAAGAAUGUUGGUAGAGACUGAACAGAGAGAAUUUGGACAUUGAGAAAUUUUCCAGGACUAGUCACAUGCAUGUAUUAUUGCACAGAAAGUUGCCAAAUUUGUUCACAAUAAUCUCAUACCUGUAAUGUAAUGUGCAAUGGCUACCUCAAAGGAAUGUAUUUCUAUAAGAUAAACAUAACGAGGUCUUUAUAAUAAUUUUCAAGAAAGUUAUAAAAAAUAUGGAAGUUUGAAUGAGAAUAAGCUCAGAUAAAAUUAUAUGAGAGUGUGCAAAUAUUAACUUUUAAAAUAACUUUUUAGUCUGCAAUGAUUGUAAUAUCUUUCAUGUAAAUGUAUGACAAUGUUUAUUGUUUUGCCCUAAGCUAACUUAAUUGAGAUUUUACUGUAAAGUAUAUGUAAAAUAUGUAUAUUAUUUAUGAUGGUGCAUAUCUUAAGAGAGCUGAAUUAUUUUGUUUUGCACUUAAAAUGAGAUACUUGCAUGUUUUAUGCGUGGUAUUUUAAAGCACUUGCUGUUUAUCAAAGUGGUACAAUGUAUGCAGCCACCUACUUUGUGAUAAAACAUUUUUAGUUACAUUUCAUAUGGUAGUCAGUGCUAAAUGGAAAAUUAAUAAUAUUAGUACAUUUUGGAUUGACAAGAAAAAGAAUGUUAAGACUUCAUUUUUAAAUUCCUGCCUUUACAAUGUUUAUAUAAAAAUCAAGUAACAUUGAUAUAGAUAUUUAAACAGAUAAAUUAAUAUAGUUUUAUAUAGAAUUUUAACCAGUUAAUGUGCCAUACUUUGUACAUGUAACUAAAUAUUUAUUAAUAAAGUAAAAUAAUUUGAUGUUAUUAAGUUUGAAUGUCGAUCAGUAGUUUUUCCUGAGAGAUAAUCCCUCUUAUGUUAACCAAGCACAGUUCAUCAAGAUAAAUUAGAGAUUAUGUACAACAUAUUAAAGUUUUCGUCUUAUGAAAAUCAAACGUUCAGCAUAUAACACAUACAUGUAACAUGUAAAAAGUCCUGCUGAAUUAAGGUCUUCAUAAAUUUAGUGUCACAUUUGAACUGGUUGUUUUUUAAAUUUUUUUUUUUAGAUUUGCAAUGCAUCCGUGAACAAAUUAUGUGGUGGGUUAUCCAGUUUGAUGAUAUUGAGCUUGUUCAUCUUACCUAAGGCAUAAUUUUUGCAUUUGUAUUCAAGAAAUACUAAUCACAUACAACUGUUCUUGCAAUAUUGAAAUACAUGUAAAUUCACAUUGUAAUGUGAGAGCUAAUUUCAAUGCAAUUUUUACCUGCUUUUGUAGGUUGUGUGUGUGAAACUUAACAAAUUUUUGUCCAUCUUGUAUCUGUGUAUGAUGUUUUUGUAACGAUGGGCAUUUUUAAAAAAAGAUUUAUGAUUUAUAAUUUUAUGUACUGUACUUUGCAGAAAUGAUACAAUGCUACAUAUGUUAUUUGCUCUUUAAUGAUGAAACAUUUUUCUUAGUGCAUACAGUGUAUAUUGAGCCAUUGGAUUCACUUAUUCCUGUAAUAAAAUACUGAUAAUCAAUGCAAUUUGUGUACAGAAUAUGUGUAUCUACUUGUAAUUAUUCAUUUUUAUACUCCUUAUUUUGAAGAUCAUACAUAACACAUACAUAUACUUGUCCAUUUGUCUGCCCACAACUUUUAAACCCUGGCCAAAACUUUUGAUUUACAGUACACAAGAUAGGCAUUUUAUAAUUGGUAAAGAUGAAGGUCUCUUUGAGGUCAAGGCCAUUCAAGGUUAUUCUUACUCACCAAAGGUCAAAUAAAAAUGUACCACUAAGGGGUUAUUGUGUUUUAAAAACAUUUCUUGUUUUCCACCAAAAUACUUAUAUAUUAUAUAUUUCCUAGUCAGUUCAUUAAGUCAUUAUGGAAUGAAUCUGUAUACAAGAAAUGAGUAUUUUUUUUUUAAAACUACUGUAUUACAUAUAAUAUUUAUAAUGAUCACUAUGUGUUGUUGUGUUCCAUUGCAGCUUGGUUACCCUGACAAUCUGCUUCUUAACUGUUCAGGUCUUCACACAAUUCUUGUACUUCCUACACCAGUCACAUUUUUAAUGUAUGAAGAGCUUAAUAUAAUAUCUUUAAAUUGUAUUUGUCAGAGGUAAAUAUACAUGUAAAUUAAAUUUUUUUUUAUAAAUAUGGAUAAUUUGUUUUUAGGAAAUCAUUAUAUUUCUUUUUUUUUUUUCAAAUUCCAAAUUUUGCUUAAAGGAUUUCUAGAAAUUUAAAAACUGUAUAGUUCUUGGAUGUACAAUGUACAUGUAUUCAGACCUUUUGAUGACUGCAUAAAUACUUAUAUCUCAUUUUUUAUAAAACUACUGUACAUUUGCAAAAUCACUAACCCAUUGCACUGAACAAAGUUGCUUCAUUUUCUGAAAUGUCACAAAGAUUAAUUAAAACAUGAAUAGAAGAAA